CGGAUUGGACAGCGGCUGCAGCCAAUCAGAGAGCACACACAUGGGAAGCGUUUAAAAAGAUUCCGUAAAGAGUCGCAAGGUUGUCAGAAAGCCUCCGCAGCUGGUCGGUACCGCGGCUAAUUAACACGCAGCCUGUUUAUUCAUACAACACAACUCCUCCGGGUUUCCUGAGGACUUCCGUGCUGCGUGUCCCUGCACUCGGACAGAGCGCCGCAACCUGUUUCCUCCAUUUUUUCCCCCUCCUUCUUCUUUUUCUUCCUUUUCUUCCCUCGGCUCCAUCUGCUGACAGACACGAACUGCAGGAUGACAACACAUUUCAGGAGCGGCCCGGCGUUUGGACUUUCUGCUGAGGUCAAGAGUAAGCUGGCUGGGAAGUACGACCCACACAAGGAGGAGGAGCUGAGGCUGUGGAUCGAGGACGUGACCGGCAAACGAAUCGGAGAGGGCUUCAUGGAGAGUCUGAAGGACGGAGUCUUGUUGUGCGAACUUAUUAAUGUUCUACAGCCAGGUUCAGUGAGGAAGAUCAACCACUCCAGUCAGAACUGGCACCAGCUGGAAAACAUUGGGAAUUUCGUCCGCGCCAUCACGGAGUACGGCCUGAAGCCGCACGACAUCUUCGAGGCCAACGAUCUGUUUGAGAACGUCAACCACACGCAGGUUCAGUGCUCCCUCAUCGCCCUGGCCGGAAUGGCCAAAUCCAAAGGUUUCCAUUCAAAGUACGAUCUGGGCGUCAAGUACGCCGAGAAGCAGCAGCGGUACUUUGCUCCCGAGAAGCUCAGGGAAGGACGGAACAUCAUAGGCCUGCAGAUGGGCACCAACAAGCUCGCCAGCCAAAAGGGCAUGACCUCCUACGGUACGCGACGCCAUCUUUACGAUGCCAAGAUCGCCAUGGAUACCCCAGUGGACCAGUCCACCAUCAGCCUACAAAUGGGCACCAACAAGGGGGCCAGUCAGGCCGGCAUGAUGGCACCAGGAACCAGGCGGCACAUCUUCGACAAGAAGCUGCAGCUGGAAAAAUGCGACACCUCCACCAUCUCCCUGCAGAUGGGCACCAACAAGGUGGCCUCCCAGCAGGGCAUGACCACCUACGGCCUGCCCCGGCAGGUCUACGACACCAAAUACUGCGCCAACCCCGUGGACACCUACUACAACAACGGCAGCGAGGCCGAGUUCGACGGCUACAACCAGUACUCUGACUAAAGAAGCCACGCCCCUUCCCCCCCCGGGGGCCCCUCCCCUUUGCUUUGACGCCAGGCAACCGUCCACGGCUGUCUCUACGACGAGCAAAGCCUCCAGACUCUGAAUGACGUCAUGGCGUCAUUAGUUCCCCCGAUCGUUUUUUUUUUCCAAACAUGUUUUUACGGCAAAGGAUUUUAUAUUUUGCUUUUCCAUGAGCACGAGAUAAAAUAAAAUGUUGUUUACACUGGCCUUGCAUCGCAAAUCAAAAAAAAAAAGGUCAUGCUGUGGCUGACUUCUGUUGCCGUGGUUAUUAUUUGUAGAAAAUACCCACGCCACACAAAGAAGUUGAGAUAUAUUGAUCUUUGCUAUUUAUAGUUUUUUGCUAUUUUUUUCAUUUUACUGCUUUUUUUUAUUCACAGAUUUUAACUCUUGACACCCUUAACUUCUCGUUGUUGCCUUUCCAAACAUGGGAGUAGAAUCAGGAAGUUGGUGCUAUUGAACUUUGACCCCAGCCACACUAAAAGUUCCACAGGCUGGAAGGAAAGUUUGGGAAGUAAAAGUCGGAGCCAUGGAUUGAUCCGUAAAACGACAGACGCCGAUCCAGCAACGUUGGCCAUCAAACGGUGCUGACCUGUGCGGUUUGUUGACGGCAUUCGGGGAUCCGAGGAAGCGUUGGGAACGCUUUUCAGACACAACUGUUCACCGCUUUCACACAGGAACACGCGUAUGUGUAAUGUUGUGUAGUCAGAGGUGUGGAGAACGUAUUUAUCAGUAGUUUCUUGUAUUGCACACAAGUCCACUUGAGUCACCCUUUGUGCUUUUGUCAGCAGUUUCCUUUUGUAGUUAACUUAGGCAUUGUUGUUGUUGCUUCACUUGCACUUGAGGUUUUGAGCAGAAAAUGGCGGUGAAAUGUCACCAGCUACAAUUAUCCAGCAAUGACAAAUAAUUUAGUAUCACUACAGUGGCACCCCUGGUGAACACAGUUAAAGAACUGCAACCAUUAGCAAUUUACUAAAACCUGCAAAUAACUGAGACUCCUCUCAAAAGUUUAUCACUAAAGAUGCACUGAUUGCAAUAUUUUGGCUGAUCAUCGACCGUUAAGGAGUCUGGCAAUUUUUUUUCCCCCUCUAAAUGUAGCUACAAAGUUACUAAGUUGGCAACAGUGCGGUGACUACUGUAAAGCGCGCAUGUGCCGAUGUGACAUAGUGGACAGAUUUCCAGUGGCACCCUCACUGCAGAGAAAUGGGGGGAAAAUGGCUGAUUUUUAGACCUUUGCGGAUGUAAAUAAGACCCAAACGUAUCUACCGAUUACCCAGAAUUACGUAAAUCAGUCGCCUUCAUCAGUGCACCGCUAUUUAACUGCCUUUUUUAGUAGUUCAAAUACAUACCUUAUAUUAUUUAGAAUUUCUCAGAUGUGCUCUGCAAAGAAAUCAGCAAAUAGCCAAUUAAUUUGGUUGUCUUCUGAAAACAGAAAUCUGCGUAGGUGAAUCUGUGAAUACAGGUCCUCGAUUAGGCCGGGGCGCCACUGUACAUAUAUCAACAAUAUCCAAUGACAUAAAACAGUUUCUCCUGUCUGAUGAAUAAUAAUGAAGCAUCGUUUUGCUUGAGACAUAGGAGAUCAAUCAACUUCUUGGUGAUUGAUGACCAAACCUUAGAACUUUCCCCAGUCACUGUCUUUUCCCUGCUGUCCUCUGUGGAAUCUGGAGGGUUUAUUGGCCAGUGGAUGUACAACAGCAUCAGGAUAUGUCUGGAGGAAAACCCCCCACCACCCAAAUCCAACUGCAACACAUGGGGCCAACCAUGAAGAGCAGGUAGUGGGAACAACGUGCCACCAUUUUCAAAUCUGAUUGGCUUAUAGAUGAGGGCCGAGUACCAGCAACAGCAACUAAUGGGGAAAUAAAUUGGGUCAAGCUGCUUGCUGAAACUUUACUAAAAUCAGGCCUAAAGAAAUAUUUAUGAUCAUCACUUUAUUGUAAGGUUGCAGAUGCCACUCAUCACUGUGAUAUAUUAUCCGAUCAGCUGUAACUAAGAGUUUGCAGUUCAGAUUAAUUGGCAGUAUGACUAAUGGAAGUACGCCAUCUAGUGUCGCUUGCAUGACUUAUCAAUCCACCGCUUUAAUAAUUUUUUUUUGUAUUUACUGAUUUCAAUUUAGAGUGUUUUUUUUUUUUUUUUUGGAUUGUGCAUUAAACUGAACGUUUUCAUCCGGUCGCCACAACAGCACUGAUGUGGGCUUCGUUGUAAAUAAACAGUUUCACCGUAAAAUUCUGUUCCAGGAUCGAGGCCAGGGUCGCUGUGCGCCUUUCACAAAAAAAAUAAAAACUAAAAAAAACUUUUGUGCAAUAAAAACACUUGAAAACGGC